AUGACAUCGUCCUCACCCGAGACCGACGAGCUCUUGCGGCGUCAAGAAGAGCGUCGGUACCACAGCCGCGCGCGCCCCACAGCGAGAGCAACUGCCCACGACGAACACAGUCGAGACGAUGGCGGCUCGAGACGUCACGUGUGGGUACUGUUCAGCCUCAUGGGCGGCCUCAUCUACGGCUACAACGUCAGUCUCGCGGCCACGUUGCAGUACGUGCGCGACACUUUGGCGCUGUCGUCGACUCAGCAGGAAGCGCUGAGUGCGUCAGCGACGCUCAGUGACGCCCUGUCGAUGCUCGUGGGCGGCGUUCUCGCGGACCGCUUUGGCCGCAAAGCAACGGCGAUGUUCGCCUGCUCGUGCUCCAUCGUUGGGGCGCUGUUGGCUGGAGUGGCCAGUGGCAGCUUUCCGUGGCUCGUGCUGUGGCGGCUGUGCUCGGGAGUAGGCAACGGCCUGUCCAUCUUGCUCAUCCCCAUGUACAUUAGCGAGUGUGUGGAUGCUGCAAGUCGGGGCCUGUACCUCACGCUUUUUCAACUGGGAGUGAAUUCGGGGGUAGCAGUGCCGUACCUGUUCAUGAUUGCCGUCAGCGAGAACUGGCGAGCUUGUUUGGCAUUUGGCAGCUUACCGGCGCUGUAUGUGCUCUAUAACUUCCACUUCCACUUCCCGGAGAGCAUCAAAUGGCUCCGUUGGAAGGAGAACUGGGCAAACGUGGAAGGCGGAGGGGCCAAUGUUCUGGAGGACGACAAGACCAUCAUCGGAAGUGCCGGGACCGUACCUGCCAAUGGCAAGAGCUUGACAAACGGGUGUUGCCAACACCCGAACGAGCAGGAUACUGCUUCCUUGUUGGCAUCGACUUUUUCGUGGUCGCCUCUGUCGCCACACCAGCACCUCGAGCUUGUGGUUGGCAUUUUGUUGGCGUACGUAAACAAUUGCGUCGACGCGUCUCUCUUCUACGGGCCGGAGAUCAUUGCCAGGUCAAGUCGUUCUUAUUUGCACAGAGACGCCAACAUGUUUGGCCUCCUGUGUUCGCUUGUGGCCGUCACGUCGGUGCUUUUUGCUGGUCGCUUCGUGAUUGCAAGGUUUUCUCGACGGCAGGUGUAUCUAUUCUGCCUUGCUCUCGUCUGCGGUUGUUUCAUCGUAAGCGCUGGUAUCUUUGCGUCCUACUCUACCGAGGAUUUCGCUCGCGACCCGGCGGCAUCGAGGAGCAUCAUGAUCGUCUUUGCCGUGCUCAAUAUGUUUGCUGCCGUCGGCCCGAGCACGCUCUUCGUCGUUAUCUUGAGCGAGCUCUUUCAAGACAACAGCUACCGAGCGCGAUACAUGAGUUACUGCACUUUCGCCAUGUCGCUCAUCUCGUUGCUCGUCAACGGCUCCAUGCUGACUUUGUUCGAGACUUUCGGUACGGCAGCCACUUUUCUUGCCUACGGGAUCACGUACGUCGCGUGCUUGAUUUUCUUCUGGGUCUAUCUUCCAGAGACGAAGCAGCGCCAGCUUGUGUGA